UAGUAUUUAUUCUCCUUUGUUUUAGACUCAUGUGCCUGGAGCUCCGCCGAAUCGCUCAGACAGAUGAAGACUGUCUUGUGUUUAAGUUUAUAUUACACCGCACUGUAUUGAAAGGCGAGAUAGCUAACUGCUGCUAGGCUAACUUCACGAUAAGAAUGAAUGUAGCGUUAGCUAACGUUUAGCAAACGUAUGCUAAUAGUAGCUUAAACAGCGAAUCUUACUAAAGCCACAUAAUAAACAUUAAAAACACCAAUUUUGGAAGGGAAAUUCAUUGAUAAAAACAUUAGUUGUGUGAGAAAGCUCCAGCUAGCAGCUUCUCCGUGGUAUCGCGAUAUCCUCAGACACCAUCAUGGAUAUCCGACCAAACCACACAAUUUACAUCAACAACAUAAAUGACAAAGUCAAGAAAGAAGAGCUGAAGCGUUCGCUGUACGCGCUCUUCUCUCAGUUCGGGCAGAUAAUCGACAUCGUGGCCUUGAAGACCAUGAAGAUGAGGGGACAGGCCUUCGUGGUCUUCAAGGAGCUCACCGCCGCCACCAACGCGCUGAGGCAACUCCAGGGCUUCCCCUUCUACAACAAGCCCAUGAGGAUACAGUACGCAAAGACCGACUCCGAGGUCAUCGCCAAGGGGAAAGGCACGUACGGCGACAAGGAGAAAAAGAAGGACAAGAAGAAGAAAGCCCAGGAGCCGCCGGCCAGCAUGACAAAGAAACCAGCGGCGGGAUCGGCAGCACCUGUGCACUCACCUGCAGUACAGGUGCCGGACAACCCGCCAAACUACAUCCUGUUCCUCACUAACCUGCCCGAAGAGACCAACGAGAUGAUGCUGUCCAUGCUGUUCAACCAGUUUCCGGGUUUCAAAGAGGUGCGGCUCGUCCCGGGAAAACACGACAUCGCCUUUGUGGAGUUUGAAAGCGACACGCAGGCAGGCGUGGCUAAGGACGCGCUGCAGGGCUUCAGGAUCACGGCGACCUGCGCCAUGAAGAUCACAUACGCCAAGAAGUAGUUUGACCUCUGGACACAAAGAGACUCUGAGCGUGAGGGGGACGGACGUCCACGUCCCUGGAUUUCAGUCGUGUUUCGGGAUCCUUUCGUUUUGUUUGUGAAUCGUCCAGAGCUUUUGGUUUUUGCUUUGUGUUUGCAGAGCGGCGUGCUGCCGUGUGUUGGGAGGAUCUCUGGCCUCCAUCUUGUUUUGUAAAAUAAAAGUCUUUUACAGAA